CUCACUCAACCAUCUCAAAUCUCAUACCAUAUAUCAUCACUCAUGGCUUCAAACAUGUCUCUAUUCCUCUCCUUCUUCAUCCUGACCCUCUCUUCUUCCAUGGUUGCAUCCUCAAGAGUACUGAACGCUCCAUGGCCGAGAGGUAUGAGCAGUGGAUGGUUGAGUACGGCCGAACGUACAAAACUACCGAAGAGAAACUUCAUCGUUUUGAGAUUUUCAUGUCCAAUGUCCAGUUCAUUGAGUCCUUCAAUGCAGCCGGGAAUCACACGUUUGAACUCGGCAUUAACCAGUUUGCAGAUCUUACCAACCAAGAGUUCAAAGGCAUGUACACUGGCUUCAAACCUUUCAGUUCUAACAACAAAGCCAGCAAGACCUCUUUCAAGUAUGCAAACUUCACUGAUGCUCCUGAAUCUGUGGACUGGAGAACCAAGGGUGCUGUCACUCCCAUCAAAGAUCAAGGCCAAUGCGGAUCUUGUUGGGCAUUCUCUGCGGUGGCAUCGAUGGAAGGAACGGCAAUGUUGAGCACAGGUAAGUUGAUCUCCUUGUCGGAGCAAGAGCUUGUGGACUGUGAUAUCAAGGGUGGCGACCAAGGAUGCGAAGGUGGGCUAAUGGAUGAGGCAUUCAAGUUUAUUAUCAACAAUGGUGGUCUAAACACCGAAGAUAAGUAUCCUUAUACAGGAGCAGAUGAUUCUUGUGACACCAAGAAAGCGGCUUCACACGCUGCUACCAUUAAGAGCUAUGAGGAUGUGCCUGCAAACAGUGAAGCAGACUUGCUCAAGGCUGUGGCUAACCAACCUGUCUCAGUUGCUAUUGAUGCUGGUGGUUCUUUCCAGUUUUACAGUAGUGGUGUUUUCUCAGAUAAAGGCUGUGGUAACUUACUUGAUCAUGGAGUGGCUGCUGUUGGUUAUGGGGUUACUAGUAAUGGUACUAAGUAUUGGAUUGUGAAGAACUCAUGGGGAGAAAGUUGGGGGGAGAAAGGAUAUGUGAGGAUGAAGAGGGAUAUUGCUGAUCUACGUGGCAUGUGUGGCAUUGCCAUGGCUGCUUCUUAUCCUACUGCUCGAAGUUAAUUGAAUUAAU